AUGCCGCGAAGAAUUCCGAUUCAAGUAGCACAGACGGUUGGUCGGCUUUUGCAGGGAGGGUACUUGAAGUCCUCUCCCGCAUGGUACGAUACCGCGCUGCGCUACCCAGCUACGACUGUGCCGCCGCGCGCGGCGCUGCCCAGGCCAGACAGUGACCUUCCUCGCAGCUUGCAGGGUCCAACGCGGAGCAAGGCACUCGAAGCUGCAAACCAGAAAAAAGGGCGUUCUGCAUUGAAUUCAGCGAAGAAGAUGCGCUCACAGCUCCCGAAUCUGCGACCGUUGCCGAUAGUGUACGAGGCGGACCGAAUUCGGCGACAAUUUUUUCGCGACCAUCCGUGGGAAGCCAAACGCGCAAGCACACUUGUGGAAAUGGACUAUGCGCUGGACCUGGAUAGCAGUCCAGAGAUCGCUGAAGGGCACAUGCCAGAGCUGUACCACUGGAGCAGAUUAAACCCCAAUGUGGAAGAUGUAAUUCAAUGCACACAGAAAACGAGUGCGAUGGGCAACAUGUCGCUCUCUGACGCGUACCGCCGCACGUUGGCGACAUACCAUGCGAUCCAAGCGGAGCGCGAGCACCGUAUUCGCUACGCGAAUUACGAAGCACGCUACCUGGGUGCCGAUCUGGGCCCUUCAGAGACCGAUCGCGGCUUUGUGAAGGAACAGCGCGAGUUGGACAAGUGGGCUGCGCUCUCUGGCACUGACGUUGCUGCCUCGGACGAGAGUAAUGCUUCUGGGACGCCAGGCGCAGCGGAACGCAAGAAGCGUGUGGAUACGCUUUUCUCUGGCGGUCAAGUCUACUUGAGCGCAGCUGCGCGCUCCAGCAGCGGCCAAACGAGCGCGCCUGGUUCUCGCGCGCCAAGCCCACCCAGCAAUGCUCCCGAGCCAAAAAAAGAUGCAGGUGAAACCAGUGAUUUCCUCGGUAUUGCCAACGCGCUCUCAUGA